AUGUUGCUCUUUUUUAUCUUAUCGUUCUUUUUCAGUAAUUUUAUUAGAUGUCAAGAUAAUACAACUGUAACAGAUGAACUUCAAGAAGGUUUAAACAUCUCAGCUAUUUCAUCACCCCAAAAAGAUGUACUAACUCUAUUACUCAUGGGAGACACCCAGUUCCAUUUUCCGUGCGAGGAGGAUAAUGUGCAGUGCAAGAUGGUCUCGAAAAGGCCGCGUUCUCGAUUCUUCCUCAACAGUAGGCUCGAAUUUAUCUAUGGCACCGAAGUGAAUGAAACAUUACGUCAGGGACGCGAUUCGUGUACCAAAAUAGAGAGCAGAUUUGCAAAUCGUGUACAAAGACAAGCUUUGGAUGCUCUUAUUAGCAGUCUGGAUUAUAAGCCGGCUGCACUCGUCAUCAAUGGGGAUUUGACUGAUUUCGGACAUCUUCAUCAGUUGCACGAGUUCAGGCAAGUUUGGUACAACAACUUCCCAACCCCGUUCAUCCUUGGAUUAGGAAACCAUGACUAUCAAAACAAUAUCGAUGAUUGCGCUCUGAACUUUUGCGCUCACACAAUGUUGUCUUGGUACGCUGACUAUGUUAAGAACAUGUCUCUAAUUGCGGACAUUCAACGAAAAACUGUGAAAUUUGAUGUAGAAUUUACUGGAAGUCUAGCCUACACCGAGAGGGUGUGCUCUGGUUCAGGCAAACUUUGCGCUUAUAUAAUCCAACUCAACAAUGCAAUCGACUACAAUGUGCAGUUUUCUUCUCUUUUCGUGAAAUGGAAUAUUUCGUCUCCAAUGAAAUAUCUUCACAACGAGUUGAACCUCCUAGGGAGUACUUCUCUUCCAAUUCUUUUGAAUAUGCACCAGUGUGAGAGCAUGCAUAUUCAUAAGAUUCGAAUGAUGAUAAAACGUUGGAUGUCGAAUGUGAAGACCAUUUUUGAAUCAAAUCAGCGGGUGCCGAAAAUUGGAGCAUUUUAUGCACAUAUGCACCAACGGCAUGAAGUGUCCUUGGAGUGUAUCGAGGGAUACAAAGUGCCUUUUGUGUACAUUGGAAGUGUACCAAAUAACAGAUUUUCCAAAUUUGAUAUGAAUUCCACCACCGCUAGUAUCACGGGAUACAAAGCUCGUGACAGUUUGAUGCAUAAUGGGGAGAUUCUUGAAGAGCUCGAAACCGUCGAAUUGUGGGGACCAUGCAUCAGAAAUGAGAUAAUUCGAUUUGAAGAUCACUCAACAAGAAAAAGGAGAAACUUCAUCAGAAGAACCCGCAAUCAGAUGGAUAAAACUGCAAAUUCUGAGAGCGAAUUUUUCAGAAACUUUUGUUUUGACUGA